AUGGGCACCGGAGUACAGUCCGAGGAAUCGCAAUGGCCACACCACUUCAACAUGAUGGGACAGCUCUUCGUAGGCUUUAUAUUCCUCAUCGUCGCGGGCAUGUCGUACAUGUACUGGUAUUUGAAGGGCCGCAGGAUGGAAAGAUUGCGCAUGCGCGCCGCUAGUGGGGUGAUGGAGGGUGGGGGCGUGGCUGGCCUCGCGCAGAUGCGGGCCAAGAUGAGCGGGCGCCAUUCGUACUCAAAGCUAGUAGAUGCGUCGGAGUCGGGCUUGGGCCGCGGGUCGGGGCGGACGGGGUCGGGCGGCGGCGGCGGCGGGAGCGCGGUGUAA